CCUCGGUCCUGGUUUUGACGGAGCGAGAGGGGACUCUCCACGUAUUUCCUGCCAGAUACUUUAACUCUCAUGCAAGACGAGCAGGAUACAUGCCGGAUUUGCAGCGCACCAGCCGAGCCAGACCAGCCACUAUACCAUCCCUGCAAGUGCUCUGGAACGAUACGAUACAUACAUCAGGACUGUCUCACAACAUGGUUAGCUCAUAGCAAGAAGAAGUCGUGCGAUGUUUGCAAGCAUCCAUACUCGUUUACGAAGGUAUAUUCGUUGGAAAUGCCGUCGCGGCUGCCUGUGGCCCUUCUCCUACGUCGACUAGCACAGCAAUCAGUGACUGUCUUGUUAUUUGUUGCGAGGGCAGUCAUGGUUGCGCUGAUUUGGUUGGCACUACUUCCAUGGGCGACAAUCUGGACGUGGAGAGUGUAUUUUGCAUUGGGCGAUUCGACAGCCUGGUGGAUUAGCAGUCGACCGCGGCCGCCUCAAACUACUCCGGUCUCCGAGAACAGAACCUUCGUCGCAACUCAUACCAAUCUCAACGACACUACAUCAUGGCCCAUUUCACUCUUGUCUCAUCCAGUCAUCGUGUCGGUAUCCGCAGACAUCGUAUCCGGACAAAUCAUUGCAACCGUCAUAGUCGUCGCUUUCGUCGCUGUCUUUCUACUCCGCGAAUGGAUUUCUCAGAACGCCCGCCCCGGAAUCUUCGACGAUGCAGAAGGUCCUCCAGAACUUCAGGACGCCGAGCUCCCGCCUCCCGCUCUUGCUGCCGGAGAAGCUGCCCCUGGAGAAGCCGACCCCGAAGAAGCCGACCUCGGAGAAGCUGAACGUUUGGCCGUUGAAGCCCCCUUGCCGCCGACGAUCGCCGCCCUCGACCACGAAACUCGCAACCAGCUGAACAAGAUAGCAGAAGAUCUACGAGCGAAGGCAGCAGAAAUAGAGGCGAGGCGUGCGGAGUUGAGGACAGAGCUGCAGGCGAAGACACUUGAGCGCAGGCGGCGGCGGCGCUCUUGGGACGAGCAGUGCACUACUUCCUCUACGUCUGCUGUUGCUGGUGACUCUGAGACUUCCGCCUUUGACUUCGACCCUGCGGCCUCAAAUGACGAAGAGGAGGCUCUUGUGCGACAAGCACCAGCCGACUUUAAGAUGGAUUUUUCAGGCUGGACUCCUUUGGACUGGUCUCAUAUCGACGCUGACGGCUCGUCACCUCUGGCAGAGAUACCCUCGGCCGUCUCUGAGGCAUCAUCAGCCCCUCAGACACCAUCUAGACAGCGUCCGCCUCUCUUUUCAACUGCUAUUUUGCCUGACAGAGACAGCUUAUCGCCUUCGCCAAUGUCUACCAGCUCGCGUGGUCGGACACCUCUCGCUUCUCCGAGCCUGGCGACGUACCGUGCUCCGGAAGAGCUCGAAGCUGGACCAUCGAAGUCUCUAGAAUAUUUCCCUCAGCAUCAAAGAGAAGAGGAAUUCUCUCCUAACGGAGGCUCUGGGUCUACCGAGCGGGAGUACGACACGUAUUUCCGAGACCCCGAGGCCAAGGAAGAUAAUACUUUGGGCAAAGGCAAGGCGCCUGCUGUUCAAGCAGCACCGUUGCACGCGAGACAAGACUCCGAAAGCGAUCACGACAUGCCCGGUUUAGCGCAGAUAACGGACGCGGAAUCAGACGAUGGUGAAGAGCUCGAAGAGGAACGUCAUGCUCAGGCGAAUAUACCUGAUCCAGAGCCAUUCAAUCCCUUUGAUGCGGAAGACGAAGCUGUCGAGGGAGAUGACGAGCAACUCAUGGAUAUUCGUGAAGCAUUGGCAGAACCGAGGCAGGAGUUCCCCGAUCCUGAGGAGGGCGAUGUGGGCAUGGAGGACGAUAUGGAGGGUGCUUUGGAAGCCAUCGGAUUGCGCGGACCGAUAUUCGCGGUCUUGCAGAACGCUGCCCUCAUGAUUUUCGUUCUCAAUGCGACUAUUGGAAUUGGUAUCUGGUUGCCUUUCAUCGUAGGAAAGUCGCUUGCCUUACUCUCUCUGGAUCCAAAACGGCUCCUGUACAUCAUUCACUUCCCUAUCCGUGCCAUCCGAAUCAUCACGGAUCCAGUGGUUGACUCAUUCAUGUUUGUGCUCUCACGGCUAAUGGCACCGCUCCUGUGGCGCGCCGUCGGCCCUUGCCUGUCGUUCAUCAAAGACUUCAUGUCCAAUAUUCUUGGACAGCAGACUACCGACAAAGGCAUUGAAACGUUCUCCGUUAUGUUGAACCGGACAGCGGAAGCAGUUACACGAUCUUUCGCCACCUUGCUCUCGGCCUCUGACACGCCCGUCGUAACUCAGCCCACUCUCGUCGAUAGGCUGCUCGCACCCGAUUCCGCCUUCAUGCGCCUCGCCGAGCCUUACUUUGCACCUAUCGGCGAAACACUCAGGCUUACCUGGGAAGAUCUGAAAACGAGUUGGGUUAGGUUGGCCCUCGGAAAUGGCACAACGGAGAAGAUUUUCGCCGUCUCGCUCGGCUACAUGGUCAAUGCUGUUCUUCUUGCGCUAUACCUGAACGUCGUCACGACUGGCAACAUGAAGAAUGCCGGACGUGCAAUGAGAAGCGCUAUUCGGCAACAACUAUUGGUAGUUAAGGUCGCUGCAUUCAUUAUCAUAGAACUCGUCGUUUUUCCUCUCGGAUGCGGGAUUAUGCUCGACAUAUGCACUGUCUCUCUGUUCCCGCAAGGUAGCCUCCGCACUCGGCUUGUCUUCCUGGCCCAUGCUCCACUGACGUCCGCCUUCUAUCAUUGGGUCAUUGGUACUAUGUUCAUGUACCAGUUUGCUGUCCUGCUCGCUGCGUUCCGAACAUGUCUUCGUCCGGGCGCGUUGUGGUUCAUCAAGGACCCACAAGACCAGAAUUUCCAUCCUAUCCGAGAGAUACUCGACCGGCCAGCUCUCGUGCAUGUACGCAAGCUCCUCAUCAGCGGGAUCAUGUACGGCUUCGUCAUCGCUUGCAGUGUUGGGACAGUAUCAGCUAUCCUUCGCGUGUUUAGUCGGACCAUCAUGCCGUUCAGGUGGAAGCUUAGGGAGCCUCUUUCUGUGGUUCCUAUCGACCUUCUGUUCCUACACCUGGUCUUGCCCUAUACUUUGCAAUACUUCAGGCCAAGGAAAUUCCUCAAGCAGAACAGCCUCCGUGUCUGGAAGUUCAUCGCCAAACAACUGCGGUUGUCGUCAUAUCUGUUCGGGGGCCGUCAUCCCGACGAAGAACUCUCUAAUCCGCAGCUGCCGCUCGCUGACGAGCAGAAACAGCCAGCUACUGUGAUUGGGACGUUCAGGCGUGUACCCAACACCGACAAUGUCGCUCUGGCGAAAGGUCAGGCCGCAACUGCUGAAGUGGACGAGGAAGGUCGUCCAGUCAGUGACAAAGAGGCCCGGCUCAUGCUACUCCAAGACACCGAGGCGGAAAACAACAAGAGGAACAUCAAAGAUGAUUAUGUCAUCGCAUACAUGCCACCUCACUUCCGGUACCGUGCUUGUACCUUCGUCGCUGCUGUCUGGAUCUUCUGUUCGGUUUUCCUCGCUUCGGCACUUGCGAUACCCAUUUUGCUCGGCCGUGGAUUCUUCAGACUCUUCCUGUCCUACGACGUCCACGAUGGCUACUCGUUCGUCGCCGGCUUCUACCUGCUCUGGACGUGCUGGCUCGUGAGCAAUGCGAUCAAUCGCAUGGACAGACACCGGCAACGUCGCGGCGGCGAUCAACAGCGCGCAGAUCUUGCUCUGUACUUCAUCAAGCGCAGCUUGCUCUGGGGCGCGAAGGCGGCAUACAUGGCGCUCUGCCUUGGGUUCGUCAUUCCGACGUUGAUUGCCAUCGUCGUGGAGCUCUACGUUAUCUUGCCGGUGCGACACGAGUUCCAGCCCGAAACGCAGCCGCGCAUACGGAUUGUCGAUAUGUGGGCCCUUGGAUUGUUGUACACCAAGGUUCUACUUCGUGUGCAGAGGAUGCAGCCCAUGGGGACGAUCGCAAGGGGCGUUCAGUCGAUUCGUCGUAACGGAUGGACGCAUCCGGAUCCGGUCAAAGCUACAAAAGAGGUUAUUGCUCCGUUGACCGUCGGCCUCUUGGGCAUGAUAUUACUUCCCCCAGCUGUUGUCUGGGUGGGAUUGAAAGCGACGGGACUCCAAAUGAACGAGAAGCUUUUGUACCUGCAUAUCUACCCCGGCAUCUGCACUCUGACCGCAGCUUGCCUGGCCGCCGUCGCUAGCUACGACGUGAUCAGCUCCUGGUCGCAGACGGUCCGCGACAAGGAGUUCCUCGUUGAGAUGCGCCUGCAAAACUUGGACCCUGGGCAGGAGGCUCAGGGCGAGAACGACACGACGGAAGACGGACCCAUUGAGGACGAUGCUGAGGACUUCUAAUUUUUGGUUAAAAAGACCACCAACAUCCUGUAGAACAUAGCAUUAUAACGCAUAUAGUGGCCUGUAGCCGUGUAUUAACAUAAUUUAUCG